AAACGCAGAGGGGAUUUUUGUUGAGUCGGCAGUGCGGCAGAGAUGUGUGCUGCUCGUGCCCCCCUCCGGAGGAGAGCCAGUACACCCUUGCCCUGCGCCCAUCAGAUCCGCUUACAGAACGAAAACCCUAUAAUGGAGGUAUGCAUGCUGCCACCGCCUCAGCCCACACCUGACGCACGCGGCGGUGAAUCACCUGAAUCGGAAAUUACCAAUGGUGCGGGAGAUGGCAUCUUCAGGGUGGUUCUUCUAGGAGACCCCGGAGUUGGAAAAACCAGCUUGGUUGGAAUUUUCAGAAGAGAACAGGACAGAGAGACAUCAGAUCAGCAACAAGAGUUCUACAAGUGCACGAUGAGCGUGGAUGGCGAGGAUACCAGCCUUCUCCUGAUGGACAUCUGUGAAGUUCAGAAGCCAGAUGGCGUAAGCGACAGCGCCGCCAUGCGCGUGGGUCACGCUUACAUCCUCGUCUACUCGGUCACCGACCGCUGCAGCUUUGAAAGUGCCUCGGAGUUACGGAUCCAGCUCAGACGGACACGUCAGUACGAAAACAUUCCAAUAAUCCUAGUCGGGAAUAAGACAGACCUCGUCCGCAGCCGGGAAGUAUCUGUGGAAGAGGGUCGCGCCUGCGCCGUGGUGUUCGACUGCAAGUUCAUCGAGACCUCCGCCGUCCUGCAGCACAACGUCCGGGAGCUGUUCGAGGGCAUGGUCCGCCAAAUCCGCCUACGGAGAGAUGGACCGGAUGCAGCGGAGAUCUGCCGACUCCGGAGCCAACGCAAAGAGAGCCUCAGCAAGCGGGCACGAAGGUUCUUGGACCGGAUCGUCACGCGGAACAGCAAGACUGUCCUCAAAGUACAUUCGCGCUCGUGCCACGACCUGUCAGUGCUCUGAUUGGUUUUCCUGCAGA